GUUGCCAACUGCUGACCUGCUCGGACCUGACCUGCCGCGGUCCUCAUCCAAUUACCACUCCUCCCUCCCCUCCCCCUCCCCCGACUUCCUCGCCCACCGCUUCCCUCCCUCCCUCAUCCAUCAUGGUUCACAAAGUCCUCUUCUGGAGCGGCUUCGGCAUCGCCGUCCGCCUCUGGCAACUGGGCAUCGAAAUGCGCCCCAUCCUCGCCAAGGAAUCCCUCUGGGUGUACCCCCUCUUCGCCGGCGUCGGCGGCAGCUUCGGCUACUGGCUGCAGGGCGUCGAGACCCGUCAACUCGGCAUACUCGCACAGCGCCGCGAAGCGAUCCUGGAGAAGCGUCGGCGGAGAGACGAGCGCGAGGGAGCGCUGGAGACGGGCGCUGCGUUGGCCGCGACGUCGUGAGAUGAAUACACCGUGGGGGAUCGAAAACAUGUACAUUUGAUUGAGCUGAAAUGGAUUGCGGUUGUUGCUUUGGGCAGGGUUGAGUUGAGCUGUUGGGGUUUGCGUUGAGUGCGGCCCUGGGACCGAUACCGACCGAUGGUUGUUUGUUAUUUUACGUUCAA